AUGGACAUCAAGACCUUCAACAUCAGCUCCUACAACAAUAUCGUCAAGUCGAAGCUCGCUUUCAAUGUCUGGGACACCAGCGCCGAGUCAUCCGGUGGCAUUUUUAGGCUCUUUGUGAAGUUGAAGGUGGAGGAGAUGAGCGUGAACCAGGUUUGGCAAGUGGGGCCCUCUGUUUCAGAUGGGUUUCCGGCGAAACAUGACUUCGCGAGCCGGUCCCUAAAUUCCCCAAAAAUUUCCUCUCCUUUCUCCAAUUCUGUGCGCAAAUAG